AUGCUACAUCCCAAUCUCCGCAAUCGCUACCUUGAGCCCGCCAAAUUCGAGGCAUUGUUCACGGUAACAGACGGCGGGAGCUCAAACCACACAUCUUCCGUCUACUUCCUGUGCCUACAUGAGUCCAAACCACACCCUGCUUUCUCUCCUUGCAUCCUGAUCUUUACUAUCCGUCGAGGUUUCCCAAUCCGAACGCCUCCUGGAGAUUCUCGCGAUGAUGCACUCAAACAUGUGCAACGUGCUGUCCGAUGUCAAGAGGCUCGACGUGCUGUCCGAUGUCAAGAGGCUCGAAGUUUUGUUCAUGAUUUUCCUGAACCUGUCUCUCUCCGCCCCUCGACAUUUGCCCAAUCGCUCCAGGUGUCCCAAUCCGUUAGUCCUAAGCUCUACCCCCUUUUUCGCAUCCAAACCGAUGCUCUCGUGUGGUGUACUGCGUGCUACCUUCUACCCCAGUUGAAUGUUUCAUUCGUCGUCAUGGCAAAGGGGACAACCUGCCCACCUCCCCCAGCACCUCUCGUUCUCUUGAAAGGUCAUCUCCGUCCACUACUAGCACAGCGUGCCCGAGGUCCCCUUCAAGCCACCGAGCUCACAAUCAAUCAAAGCAACUCUACUGAGGUGCAGCCUGAGGUGGACCGCGCCUCCACUGGGUUUCUUGGCGCUUCCGAACCGGACCCCGACUCGGGUUCUUGGGGCUCCCAAGUUCAAAGCAACCCUUCGAAGUUCCUGACUAAUUUCGUCUUCCCACUCGGACUCGCGCUUACCUCCAUCUGUGCCCAUGCCCUCUUGUUCUUAUAA